AGGUUGGAAUUUGGUAUCUUAUUGCUACAAAGAGUGUUUUGUGUCUUAAGAUCCGAAUGCCUUAAGAUCUCUGUUUUAAUGUUAAUGCUACUCAGUUGUGUCUGAAUUCUAAAGGGAGGAGGGGGAUAAUGAGGCAUGUCCUAAACCGCUUCCCAUCACAGCCUGAAUUAAUUUUUCAGGUUUACUUUGGAAUGCCCUUGGCUGAGAGGAAAGUCCAUUCGGUCAGUUGGGAGGCUUAGAAUUUUAUUUUUGCCUUACAGUUUCCCUAAACGUCCAGUGAACCUCACUUCUCCUUUAGAAGUGUCAUCCCUGGCGCCCACGAAAAUGUCUGCAAGAUCUGCAAGGGCCACCUUAAAGCCCAUGCCACCUUAAGCGGGCCCCACCCCCGGCCUAGCCAAUGGGCUGACAGCAGCCGCAGCUGCUGCCACAGUAGCUGACUGGUCACCCUGCCACCCAGCGCUCACACCCUCUGGCAGGUGCCUGGCUAUGGCCCGACUGCUCCGGGCUGCAACCUGGGGGCUGUUCCCCUGGAGGGGCUACUGCUCCCAGAAGGCAAAGGGCGAGCUCUGCAGGGACUUCGUAGAGGCUCUGAAGGCCGUGGUGGGCGGCUCCCACGUGUCCACUGCCACGGUGGUCCGAGAGCAGCACGGGAGCGAUGAGUCGGUGCACAGGUGCGAACCUCCCGAUGCUGUGGUGUGGCCCCAGAACGUGGAGCAGGUCAGCCGGCUGGCAGCCCUGUGCUACCGCCAAGGUGUGCCCAUUAUCCCAUUCGGCACCGGCACCGGGCUUGAGGGUGGCGUCUGCGCUGUGCAGGGCGGCGUCUGCAUUAACCUGACGCAUAUGGACCGAAUCCUGGAGCUGAACCUGGAGGACUUCUCUGUGGUGGUGGAGCCGGGCGUCACCCGCAAAGCUCUCAACCUCCACCUGCGGGAUAGCGGCCUCUGGUUUCCCGUGGACCCAGGUGCGGACGCCUCUCUCUGUGGCAUGGCGGCCACCGGGGCGUCGGGCACCAACGCGGUCCGCUACGGCACCAUGCGGGACAACGUGCUCAACCUGGAGGUGGUGCUGCCCGACGGGCGGCUGCUGCACACGGCGGGCCAAGGCCGGCAUUUCCGCUUGGGCUUCUGGCCAGAAAUCCCUCAUCACACAGCCUGGUACUCACCUUGCGUGUCCCUGGGACCUAGGAAGAGUGCAGCCGGCUACAACCUCACUGGGCUGUUCGUGGGCUCUGAGGGGACGCUGGGCCUCAUCACAGCCACCACCCUGCGCCUGCACCCUGUCCCUGAGGCCAUAGUGGCCGCCACGUGUGCGUUCCCCAGUGUCCAGGCUGCUGUGGACAGCACUGUACACAUCCUCCAGGCUGCAGUGCCCGUAGCCCGCAUUGAGUUCCUGGAUGAAGUCAUGAUGGAUGCCUGCAACAGGUACAGCAAGCUGAACUGCUCAGUGGCACCCACACUCUUCCUGGAGUUCCAUGGCUCCCAGCAGGCACUGGAGGAGCAGCUGCAACGCACAGAGGAGAUAGUCCAGCAGAACGGAGCCUCUGACUUCUCCUGGGCCAAGGCGGCCGAGGAGCGCAGCCAGCUUUGGACAGCACGGCACAGUGCCUGGUACGCAGCCCUGGCCAUGCGGCCAGGCUGCAAGGGCUACUCCACGGACGUGUGUGUGCCCAUCUCCCGGCUGCCGGAGAUCCUGGUGCAGACCAAGGAGGAUCUGAACGCCUCGGGACUCACAGGAAGCAUUGUCGGGCAUGUGGGUGACGGCAACUUCCACUGCAUCCUGCUGGUCAACCCUGAUGACGCUGAGGAACUGGGCAGGGUCAAGGCUUUUGCAGAACAGCUGGGCAGGUCUGUCCACCCGAGGCCCUGUCUUGGGCCAGAGCCUCAGUCUUGAGAUGUUGGCAGCUGUUCUCCCUAAGCCCACAGGAGGGCGCCCGACAUCAUGAAGCUCAGAUACCACGCGGCAUCUGCUCCACGCAGCUGCGGCUCAGGACUCACUUCUGCCCCGGGCCUGCAGCUCUCAGCCCUGGGCAAACCUCCUCCUAGGGUCAGGGAAGGCCUGGCAGCCCAGAAGCCAAGCUAAGUCCUCCACCCCCGCAGAUCCCAGGAACCUGUAGUGCUGUCUCAUCUUCCUCGCCCCUCUAGUCUUCCGUCCCUUUUGGAAAGGGGCAUGCCACACCCCAUGCCCUCCCUGGCCUCCACCCCUCUCCUCCUCCCAUCAGCUGUUCAGUGCUCAGGCAGGCUGCUAGGCCUUAGGCAGAGGCAGCUGCACUGAGACGCCUCAGUCCAACUUCAGUGCUUGGAACCCCCCCGCUCCAUGCUAACAUUGGGCUCCCGCCGACAGCGGUGACACCGACCUGAGCCUGGAGGCCACUCUGUGACGUUUCUGUCCCGUGCUGCCCUGGUGGGGAGCAGAGACCGUGCCAAGGGCUGAUUGGUGACAAAUCUCAGCCCUCUCCCCAAACCACCCCAGCACACGUGUGCUCAUCACCGAGACAGCCCUCUCGCCCCUCCCCUUCCAGCCAGCCAGCCACCCCCCCACUCCUCCAGGUGGGAAUCCUGCAGCAGCUGGAUAGGACUCUUCUUUGAUGCGCCCUCCAGCGCCUGGCAACUAGGAGGCGCUCAGCAAAUGACCAUUUCCCACAAUCUUUUAUUAAGAAAAAUUCCAAACAUACAGAAAAGUUGAAAGAACAAGUACACUGUUCACUGAAAUACCAGCCACUGCAGAUUCAACAAUGAACAUUUUGGCCUUAUUUGCUUUGUGUAUUUUGGGGGGAACCAUUUGGAAUUAAACUACACAUUUCUUGAA